UCCUGCCUGCUCGGCUCUCGCUAGACGGUCUCAAAGUGCUCCAAGCACAAGUCACAAGUAUAGAGAGCUCGAGAAACCAAGAUGAACAGUGUGCUGUAGAGAGAGAAGCCACAGACAGAUACAGAAGGCCUGGGUUCUGGAGACAUUGGCUUGCUUCUCUAUAUCCGCCAAAGACCAAAGCCAAGCAAAGCGGGCACAAGACUACAAGAGCGAGUAGCAAUUGGGGGCCGAGAAAAAUCACAAAAAAUAGUGCCGCGGCGAGCGAGGGCGUCUGGGCGAGUGCGCGAGGCACCGUCCCGUACUCCCGUGUCACCCUUCGGGUUUUUGUUUUUCUUCUUUUCUGUUGGCUUUGGCCUUUGGGCUUCCCAGUUCCCCCGCCGCGCCCCGCCGCGCCCCGCGAGAGGAAAGGAAACAAAGGCAGGUCCAGCAGCAGGCAAACGAACCAAACCGACGUAACCGCGGACAUGACGGCCGCGUGACGCCAUGUCGGCCGAGGAGGGCGCGUCGGCGUCAGCGUCCGCGCCGGCGGAGGCGGGGGCAAUGGUGGCCGAGGAGGCGGCGGCCAGGAAGCGGUACGAGGCGCUGGUGCAGGUGCGCGCCAAGGCCAUCAAGGGCAAGGGCGCCUGGUACUGGGCGCACCUGGAGCCCGUGCUCGUGCCGCCGCCCGCGUCCGGGCAGCCGCCCAAGAUGGCGCGCCUGCGCUGCACGCUGUGCGCCGCCACGUUCUCCGCCUCCAACCCGUCGCGCACCGCCUCCGAGCACCUCAAGCGCGGCGCCUGCCACAACUUCACGUCGCCGCUGGCAGCCUCCGCGCCUGUCUCCACCCCGCCGCCGCCGCCGCCGCCGCUCUCCAUCGUCGCGGCGUCCUCCGUCGUGCCCAUCUCCUCCUUCCCGCCGUCGUCGCAGCGCCGCCACUCCACCGGCGGCGGCCGCCGCAAGCGCCACGCGCUGGCAGCGGCGUACGCGGCCGUGGAGGCGGCCUCCUCGCAGCACGUGGUGGUUGGCGAGCCGGCCAUCUACUCCACGCCUCCCACGCCACCGGCGCUGCCCGCGCCGCGCCACCAGGUCCUCUCGGGCGGCCGAGGCGACCUAGGUGCGCUGGCGCGCCUCGAGGACAGCGUCAAGCGCCUCAAGUCGCCCGUCGGGUCACCGGGGUCGAUGCUGCCGCGCCACCAGGCCGACGCGGCGCUCGCGCUGCUCGCGGACUGGUUCCUCGAGUCGUCCGGGAGCGUCUCCCUGGCCGCGGCGGAGCACCCCAAGCUCAAGGCUUUCCUGCGCCAGGUCGGCAUCCCGGAGCUGUCGCGCGCUGACCUAACCCGCGGACGCCUCGAGGCGCGCUUCGCCGAGGCCCGCGCCGACGCCGCCGCGCGCGUCCGGGACGCGCGCUUCUUCCAGCUCGCCGCGGACGGGUGGCGCGACCGGGUAGUCACGCUCGCCGUCAACCUCCCCAACGGCACGUCCGUCUUCCACCACGCCGUGCCCAUGCCGGCGCCGCCGUCGUCCGACUACGCCGAGGUGGUGCUGCUGGACGCCGCCUCGUCCGUCGCAGCCUCCGCCGACCUCCGCCAUUGCGCCAGCGUCGUCGCUGACCGCUUCGGCUCCAAGGCUCUGCGCGAUCUCGAGAGCAAGCACCCGUGGAUGGUGAACCUCUCGUGCCAGGCCCAUUGCUUGGCACGCGUGGCGAAAGACCUGGCGCGCGAGCUCCCUGUGGUCCAUUCCGCCGCCACCAACUGUGCCAGGAUGGCCGCCUACUUCAACACCACCCCGGCCGUGGGGGCGCUGCUGCGACGGCACCAAGUCCAGGAGCUUGGGCACGCUGGGCUCCUGCGCGUCGCGGCUCCGCUGUCGAAUGGCGACACCGAGAUCAGCGCGGCAUUCGCGAUGCUCGAUGACGUGCUGACCUGUGCGCGGCCGCUCCAGCUCUCCGUGCUCGAGGAGCCGUUCAAGCUGCUGUGCGUCGACGACUCUACCGCGCGGGAGAUGGUAGACAUGGUGCACAGCGCGGCGUUCUGGGCCGAGGUGGAGGCGGCGCACUCGCUGGUGAAGCUGAUCACCGACAUGGUGAAGGAGAUGGAGGCCGAGCGGCCGCUCGUCGGGCAAUGCCUCCCGCUGUGGGAGGACCUGCGUGGCAAGGUCAGAGGCUGGUGCCGCAAGUUCAACGUGGACGAAGGCGUCGCCUUGAGCGUGCUGGAGAGGAGGUUCGGUAGGAGCUACCACCCGGCGUGGUCGGCGGCAUUCAUCCUGGACCCGCUGUAUCUUAUCAAGGACGUGAGUGGGCGGUACCUCCCGCCAUUCAAAUACCUCACCCCGGAGCAGGAGAAGGACGUGGACAGGCUGAUCACGAGGCUGGUGUCGCCGGAGGAGGCGCACCUGGCGAUGAUGGAGCUGAUGAAGUGGCGGUCGGAGGGCCUGGACCCGCUGUACGCGCAAGCGGUGCAGGUCCGGCAGCCCGACCCGGCGACGGGGAAGAUGAAGAUCGCCAACAAGCAGAGCAGCCGGCUCGUGUGGGAGACGUGCCUGAGCGAGCUGAAGUCGCUGGGCAAGGUGGCCGUGCGGCUGAUUUUCCUCCACGCGACCGCGAGGGGGUUCAGGUGCACGCCGACGAUGGCGCGGUGGCUGACCGCGCCCGGGGCCUCGUUGCGAGGCGUCGCCCGCGCGCAACGGCUGGUGUUCGUGGUGGCCAACUCGAAGCUCGAGCGGAGGGAGCCGUGGAGCGACGACGACCGGGACGCGGAGCUGCUCAUGGAGGGAGACGAUGACAUGCUGACUGAUCCGACCACCGCCAUCGUGGUUCCCUCAUCGGUGUAACAGGAAAAAAAAAGAUGUGUUAAUUGUUCUUUCCUUGUGGAUUAAUCUCCCUGCUGCUUGCAGUUAGCACCUGUAGAAUCUGAUGAUCCUAGGUCUAGAUUCUUUUUCAUUUGAUCUUUGUUUCGUCUCGUGGCCGUGCUUGUUGCUUGCUCCCUCCUCUUGUUUUGGUGGGGCGGGAGUAGCCAGGUAGGAGGAGCAUGAGACGAUGGAGAUAGAGAUUGCUGUUUCGUUAUCAAAGUGUGGUUAAUCAAUGAAUAAUAAGUGGUGAUGGUGACCCUCUCU